UCAAGCCGGCCAAAAUGGCGGCGCCCUGGAAGCCGUGCUGAGGGAAGCGAAGGGCAGGGAGGGCGCCGAUCCCUGGUGGUCGGUCCUCUGACAUCGCGCCCGGCUUCGGGCUCUCGCAGGAAUACUUUUCCCGUGCCUUCAAGAAAAAAAAACCAUGCAGCAAGUGCCAUUCAAGUUUGCAUGUUUCUUCAGAGUCACCAAAGAAAGGGGAGUUACAUUUCAGAAGUUAAACUUUCUCAGGAGAAUGUAUGUAGCACAGCACAACAAAGCAUUAUGUCAGCGAGCAAAGCUGAAACCAGAAUCUGCUGCACCUCCUUUCCUUGAAGGACAGCGUUCAGAUCAGGAAAAAACCGUUACCCAUGAGGUGAGAUCGGUUUCAUCUCUUCUGCCACAUUUGUCGGAGAAACCAGCAAUAAAUGAGUCUGAAGCGCUAAAGUCCAUGGCAGUCACCGACAGUGCGGAAACUGUAAUAGGAUCUGCAUCCAGUGAAGAAAAGCAGUGGAAAGAGAUUAAACUACAGCUGGAUAAUUUACCAGACAUUUUGGCUCGUUUGUCCAAAAUCAAACUUACAGCCCUGGUUGUAAGUACCGCCGCAGCUGGAUUUGCGAUGGCACCAGUGCCGUUUGACCUAACCUGUUUCCUGCUUGCCUCCUUUGGAACAGGGCUGUCAUCAUGCGCUGCUAAUUCCAUCAACCAGUUCUUUGAGGUUCCAUUUGACUCAAAUAUGAACAGGACAAAAAACAGACCCCUGGUGCGAGGACAGAUCAGCCCUCUGCUUGCUGUCUCCUUUGCUGUCACCUGUGCAGUUCCAGGAAUAGCCCUGCUGACCCUUGGAGUAAAUCCUCUUACUGGAGCUCUGGCAGCCUUCAACAUUGUCCUGUACACAUGCUGUUACACACCGUUGAAAAGAAUUAGCAUUGUCAAUACAUGGGUAGGAGCUGUGGUUGGUGCCAUUCCCCCGAUCAUGGGCUGGACAGCAGCAACUGGUAGUCUGGAUGCAGGAGCGUUGCUUCUGGGAGGUAUUCUCUACUCCUGGCAAUUUCCUCAUUUCAAUGCACUGAGCUGGGGCCUCCGUGAAGAUUACUCCCGAGGUGGCUACUGCAUGAUGUCUGUCACUCACCCAGCAAUGUGCAGGCGGGUGGCUCUCCGCCAUUGCUUCGCCUUAAUUGGACUUUCAUCCCUGGCUCCUGUCCUUGAUGUCACCACAUGGACUUUCCCCCUAAUUUCUCUUCCUAUCAACCUGUACAUUUCCUACCUGGGCUUUCGUUUCUACAGAGACGCAGACCGUGGCAGCUCCCGGAAGUUGUUUUUUUGCAGCCUUUGGCAUUUGCCGUUGCUCCUUUUGCUCAUGCUAACAUGCAAGAAAUCGUUCUAUGAAAAUGAAAAGCAACCAGAAUCCAUGAGCUGAGAUCAUGUGGGGGGAAAAGAUGUUGUAUUUGUGAUAGCUAUGACUUCAGAAGCUCUCAUUUCAAAUAAUAUAUUUCAAUUAUGCAGGGUAUGAAGGGUUACAUUGAUCUGUUUAGAGGUGAAUCUUUUGUGUCCGGUGAAUGCACCUGAAUGUUUUCAGAUUAAAUUAUUUUAUUUGGGACACUUA